CGAUAGCAACCCAACCCAAUCCAAUCCAACCCAAUCCAAUCCAAUCCAAUCCAAUCCAACCAAAUAAAUCCGCACCGAUUCGCACCUCCCCCCCCCAACCAUCAUGGACGACGAACGAUUCGAUGGCCUCUAUCUGAACGUGGCCCAGACCACCCGCGGCAUAGAGCCGCUCCUGGACAGCGUCUUUUCCUUUCUCCGGCGAAAGACGGAUUUCUUUUCGGGCCCACCGGGUGCGGAGGACGGAGCGGCCGCGGCCAUUGCCAAGGUCCACGAGGUCUUGCAGAAACACGCCGAUCGAUACAAGAAGGACAGGGAGCUUGCGGCGGSAAAAAAGAAAGCGAAGGCCAAACAAAAACAGCAGGCCGCAUCGAAAUCGAAACCGAAACCGAAAUCGCCUCCGAAAGCACCGGCAGAGCCCGAGACCACCACCACCACCACCAACAACAACAACAACAACAACAACAACGACGACGACGAAAUCAUCGAAAUGAGCACCGAUGGGGGCUUCGAUGCUUCCACCACGGUGAAAGCCAAGAAACCGGUCGUCACGGCGCUGCCGAGCAAGAGCGGUCCUCCCGGGGCAUCCACCACGGAGGAACCAAAACAGACACAGACACAGACACAGACACGGGCGCAAACAGAAACACAGACACCAACCACGCCCCCUCCCCAAUCCGGGGCGAGCCCCUGCGAGACCGACGGGGACGACGCCGAGGGCCCCCCUCCCGAGGGAAACGGCGGGACGGUUCCGGGCAAAUACGUCUGGACGCAGACCCUUUCCGAGGUGAUGGUCGGCGUCCCCGUCCCGGAGCACACGCGCGGCCGGGACGUCAAGGUGGCCAUCACCCCCACGCGCCUGACCAUCGCCCUCCGGGCCGGAAAWGGGCCGAUCGUCGACGCYCCCCUCACCAAGAAGGUCAUCUGCGACGACUCCUUCUGGACGAUCGAGGACGGGAACCGCCUGGUCGUCAACCUUCAAAAACUCAACCAGAUGGAGUGGUGGGAGUCCGUCUGCGUCGGGGAUCCGGCCAUCAACGUCCGGCACAUCCGGCCGGAGAACUCCAGCCUGUCCGACCUCGACGGGGAGACCCGCAAGACGGUGGAAAAGAUGAUGUUCGACCAGCGGCAGAAGGCCCUGGGGAGACCGACGAGCGACGAGCAAUCCAAGCUGGAYGCCCUGGAGAUCUUCAAGAAGCAGCACCCCGAGAUGGACUUUUCGAACGCCAAGAUUUCGUGAGGGUCCCUCGCGGUGCUGGGCGAUGGCACUGCACGGGACCGCAGUGCCGCCGCGCAUUCCCAAGCCAGGACAGGGCAAGGCCCGGAGAACCCAGCUCUGCACCAUGUCCUUCUACUAGAACAAAGAAACUGCGGUUUAUAGUGUACGCAGGACUCGCAGACAUAACACAUUAUAAUUUCUAAUCUGUGAUACUGGUACUUGGUUUUCACUAUUUAUAUCGUGGAUUCCUCAAAGGACUUGGCUGGCAAGCAAUGCGGUGGUUCUGUAURUUCGUGCCGAUUUGCCCGGAAGCCCGUCUUUGUCUGCAAUUGCUUUUAUGUCAUACAGU